AGCAAAGUCUCAAAGCAGUUUCAUUUCUAUACAAGUAUUGUGUUCAAACAAAAGACAGUGUUUGAUCUUCUUCUUUGUUAGGGUGAUUCUGGUGUUGUAGAAGCUAAAGUCGUUGAGUUUAAACUGCAGAUCUUGAGAGUGUUUAUCUCUGUGUAAGGUUUGUGUGAUGGAAGAAGUGAAAGGACAAAGAGGAAAUGGAACCACAGAAGCAGAUUUUGUGUUGCAAUGGGGGGAGAGAAAGAGAGUUAGAUGCAUGAAAGUCAAGAAAGAUCAGAGCCGCAAGUCAAGUGAUGGUUUGUCUAAGCGCAAACUCAUGUCCCGAGCUGCCUGUUCCGAGAGAGGCUCCCCUUCUCGCCAUCUUAACCGUCCAAACAAGAUCAUAGAUUUUCCAAGUAAUGUACGGAGAUCGUUUGUGGCAUCACCUGAGAAGGAAGAUAGAUACUACACAACUAGGGGUUCAAUGGGUACUGAUGAAAGUGGGAAAAUGAUAAAGGAGCCUGUGAAGGAAACCAAGAAGCAUGUGUGGCCAAAGUUGUUUAUAACUUUGUCAAAUAAAGAGAAAGAAGAAGAUUUUUUGGCUAUGAAAGGGUGCAAGCUUCCUCAAAGACCCAAGAAACGAGCCAAGUUGGUUCAGAAGACAUUGCUUCUGGUGAGUCCAGGUACUUGGUUGUCAGAUCUGUGCAAAGAGAGGUAUGAAGUAAGAGAGAAGAAGACUUCAAAAAAGCGGCCAAGAGGAUUGAAGGCAAUGGGAAGCAUGGAAAGCGAUUCAGAGUGAAGAGGACUUGAGAAAUGUUCUCAAAAUUUUGGUUAAAGGCUAGAAAGGAGACAAACACAAAAAUGAAUAUGCUUUGUUUCUUUCAUUACAUUUUGAGAUGCCAUUCCACAGGUCAACAACUAUUAUUAGACACUCGUAUCUUUGCUUUUGAAGCUAAUCUGUAGCUUUCUUAAUCAAAAUCUCUCGUCCCCACCUUUUUUUAUUGUUUUAACUUGUUGAUUAUGCGUUUAGACAAUUCAUGUAUCAUAGCUUCAUGAUGAGAAGAGGUUCUUGAAUCUCAAUUUAUGAA